AUGGAUAUUUUGGACAAUCAAACAAUAAGAAAACCAGAUGGAUCUAUAGUAGACUGCGAAGAAUACCUCCGAAAUAUCAAGAUUUUCAUAUUAUUCUUCUCUGCGUCUUGGGUAGCAAACACAAAAAAUUUGAUAGUUCUGUUGAAAGAUUUAUAUUCCGAAAAUUUGAAGAGAAAAGUGGGUAUGGAAAUUAUAUACGUAUCUGCCGAUACAUCAAAAGAAGGAUACGAUUCCGAUUUGAUGGCUCAAGGACCCUGGAGUGCGAUACCAUUUAAAAGCUCGAUUUGUGAUAUACUCAGGUAUAGAUAUGACGUAUCUUACAUGCCGAUGAUUAUUGUAGUAAAACGUGAUGGUUCCAUUAUAACUAGAAAAGGUAAGGAAGAACUAGAAAAUCUGGGAAUCAAUGUUUUAGUCACCUGGACAGAAUUUGUACAAAAGUAA